CCAGGGGUGUGCCUUUGAAUCUGAGGAACUUCAGAGUAAAAACCCCGGGGCGAGACGGUCCGGAAGCCUUCUCCACCUGCGCCGGUGAUGAAUAACCAGCUCCAUUAAUGAUUGGCGCCAGGACGAGUCGGCCUCCCGAAGCGCCCCGAGUUCCGGCGAGAUCGCGUCGCGAGAAGAUGGCGGCGGGCCGCUCCCGAGUGCGGGGGGCCUUGUGGCUGGCCGGCUUGGGGCUGUGCGCCAGCGGGGUGGUCCUGACGAUCGUGGUGCUCGCUCGAGCCUAUCACAGGGAACCUCCCGCGCGGGGGGGACGCGGGCUUUGGGCGCGCUCGGAGCAAGCGCGGCGCCUGCAGCCCACUUUCAGCCCCGAAGAACGGCAGGAGCUCAAGGAGCUGCUUCAAGGUGCCAUCAGACUACAGACUGUUUCCUUUGCACCAGAUGAUCAGAAUGUGACAGCCCUGGCAGAAUUUGAACCAUAUAUUCGCAAAGCCUUUCCUGCAGUUUUUUCUGCUGCAUUCAUUCAACAUGAAGUCAUUGGCGAAUAUAGCCACCUGUUCAGCAUCAAGGGGUCAAAUCCUCAGCUACAGCCCUACAUGUUGAUUGCACAUAUAGAUGUAGUCCCAGCUUCCCCAGAAGGGUGGGACGUCAAUGAUCCUUUCUCCGCUGAGGAGCGUGAUGGGUUUAUAUAUGGAAGAGGAACACUGGAUAACAAAAACUCUGUCAUGGGGAUUCUACAGGCUCUAGAAUUCUUAUUAAGACAAAAUUACAGGCCUCAGAGAUCUUUCUAUAUUGGCCUUGGACACGAUGAAGAGGUAGGUGGUAAAAAUGGAGCAAAGAAGAUUGUGGCUGAGCUGGAGUCUAGAGGAGUUCAACUUUCCUUCUUGCUUGAUGAAGGAAGCUUUAUAUACGAAGGAAUCAUCACUGGGAUAGAGAAACCAGUGGCUUUAAUAGGCAUUACAGAAAAGGGAGCAAUUACAACAAAUUUCACUGUGAAAUUGGCACCAGGCCAUUCUUCUGCACCACCUAAGAGGACAAGCAUUGGUAUUCUUUCUGAAGCAUUAGCCAAGUUAGAGCAAAAUCCUAUGCCCAAUCUGUUUGGUCAUGGGCCUGAAAUCAUUAUGUUUGAGCAGUUAGCACCAGAGUUCAGCUUCCCUCUCAAUAUAAUCAUGGCAAAUCUGUGGCUGUUUGGACCGCUUGUUGGCAGAUUUCUUGAGCGACAGCCUGCCACCAAUGCUCUUGUUCGGACCACCACUGCAAUCACCAUGUUUCAUGCAGGAGUCAAGUCAAAUGUUAUUCCACCAUCAGCAAAUGCAACUGUGAAUUUCCGCAUUCAUUCAGCUCAAACAGUUGACCAGGUCCUGGAAAUAAUAGAUGAAACAAUUGAUGAUAAGAGAGUGGAGAUAGAAACAGGGGAUGCCUUUGAUCCACUACCAAUUAGCCCCUGGGAUGACCAGACCUUUGGUGUGCAGGUUUUCCGCCAGGCCAUCCUGGAUGUUUUUCCAGAUGUUGGCAGCACAGCUCCAGGUAUUUGUGUUGGAAACACUGAUAGCAGACACUAUGGCAGUCUCACAGAUGCCAUUUACCGAUUUAAUCCAGUGAUCUUUGGUGCCAGUGAUUUACCAAGGUUCCAUGGGCUGAAUGAAAGAAUCUCCAUUGAAGGUUAUGAAAGACAAGUGAAAUUUCUCUUUGAACUCAUUCAAAAUAGUGAUUUCCACCAACCAAUAGAACCACAUAUCAAGCUUCAUGAGUUAUGAAACAAGAAAGCCGAAAGGUUUGAGGAUGUUGUUGCCAUCAGAAUUACACAGAGAAGCUGUGCUUCAUCUGACCCUCUGCUCCUGAACUGAGUUGAAGUGAUAGGCAUUCAUAUUUAUAGCCACAAAUGGUUGUGAAAUGUACUAAAAGGUAAAGCGAACUGGCUAAUUAAUUUGUGGUGUGAUAAAGGUAUUAUGCUGUAAUUUGUAGCUCAAAAACAUUUGAUCUCUACAUUUUUAGGAUUGAGCACAUAAGACAGUGCUAUAAAGUUUGCAUAAUACAAAUCAUUAAACUGUUCUCUUAAA